CGAUGACCUUCCUCCCCUUCUCGCGCGCCGCAUAGCAUGUGCGCGCUUCAAUUGUAUCUCUGCGCGCCAAUCGUCGUUAACAUAUCUUCCCCUGGACCCUCUAUCAAUCAUGAACCCCUCCGACACCGAGACCUACCUGCUCCUCGUCCUCGCCGACAGCAACCUUCCCACCGGCUCUUUCGUCGCUUCCUCUGGCUUGGAAUCCUACUUCAAGCAUAGCUUUGACGUCCAAGAGGGGAAGCGCGAUGCCGCCGUCCUUGCCUUCGUGCGCGAUAGCCUCGCGUCCUACGCCCGGACUGCACUGCCCUUCGUCGCGGGGGCGCAUAGGGCGGUGGAGGCACUGGCGAACACAGAUGUACCAGAUUCCAAUACUGCAUCCGAGUCGCAUCCCCCUACCUUGAACUCGCUUGCCCACUGCGACCUCGCCUCGACUCUCACCACACUUGCCGCCCUCGACGCACUAUGCGAGGCCACCAUGCUCAACCACGUCUCGCGGCGCGCGUCUCGGGCUCAGGGCGUUGCGCUCCUCACACUCUACGCGAAGGGCCUCGCGCCCCCUACCGAUGGGGAACUCCUCGGGGGUGCGCUGGACCAAUAUAAGCUGCGCGUUCGGAGGGAGGAGGCGCCGGGACAUCUGCCUGUAUGCUGGGGCGCGUUGACUGCUGCACUGGGUUUGCCGUUGGCCCGCGCUGUUCAUCUACAUCUCUUCUUGCAUGCGCGAGGCUUGCUAUCUGCCGCUGUGCGGCUGAAUGCGCUAGGACCGUACGCCGCGCAACAGCUUCUGUUACACUCGGUGCGCCCACUUGUCGAGGGCGAGGCAGCCCGGGGGAAUGAAAAGCACCUGAGCGCUGCAGACCCCGCCCUCGAAGACGCGCUCGACCCUAUCACUGGCCCUGUCAAUACUUGGCCUCUGGGGGAGAUUCUGGCAGCGCGACACGAUCUGCAGCAUUCGCGAAUAUUCAAUAGCUAA